GCCGAUCCUCCCAAGCAAGAGUCUUAGAUUACCCUUGCAUCGCAAAUAUCAAGGCUCGGGCUUAUCUGAACAUGCCUUUGUAUCAGCAGACGGCAUUGGCGCGGCUGUAGACGGAAGGCUUUACCAUGUGGUUUGUCCUUUACCCCAAACCGGGGAAUGGGACUCUUGUGUAUUUAGGACGAGGUUACCUUGUUGUCUGUUCUUGCAUUUGAUUUUCCGGGUUGAGCGUCUCUGGAGGCUGAUAUCUUUUGUUGUUCCUGCUGGGAACUCCCAUCGUUCUUCCUACCACCAUCCGCCUCAGAAGCACAGGAGAAACAGACCAAGAUCAUGAAGUCAACCCUCCUAGCAGCGGCACUCCUUCAAGGAGCCGCCCAAGCCCAACAAAUGAUACGUUUCGGCUGCUCCCAGCUCGUCGUCUCCCGCCUCGACCCCCUCGUCAACCCAGGCCUGGAACAGUCUCCCCACGUCCAUCAAAUCGUCGGUGGUAACUCCUUCAACGCCCACAUGCCCUUCGAGCAAGGCUUCGACCUCGUCAAAAACUCCACCUGCACUUCGUGCACCUUCAGCGAGGACUUUAGCAACUACUGGACCGCCGUCCUCUACUUCAAGGCCCGUAACGGCACCUACAAGCGCGUGAGGCAGUUCCCCAACGUCGGCCUCCGAACAGACGGCGGCGUGACAGUCUACUACAUCCCACCGUACGACGGUAAGACAACCGUCACCGCCUUCAAGCCCGGCUUCCGCAUGCUGGUCGGCGACGCCGGCCUCCGCCAGAACAGGGGCAUGCAAAAGCAGCUCUGCCACCGCUGCCUCGGCGCUGGGUACGACCGCGGCGGAGCCCCCUGCACAGGAAGCGACAGCACCACCCUCCCCAACAAGUUCUGCGACGGCGGCAUCAGAACCACCAUCACGUUCCCCACCUGCUGGGACGGAAAGAAUCUCGACGCGCCUGACCACAAGAGCCACGUGGCGUACCCCCAGACUGGAUCGUUCGAGAGCACCGGCCCCUGCCCGAGCUCGCACCCGGUUAGGCUGCCGCAGUUGAUGUACGAGGUCAUGUGGGAUACCCAAGCGUUCAACGACAAGAGCCUCUGGCCCGAGGAUGGGUCGCAGCCGUUUGUGUGGAGCACUGGUGACGGGCUUGGGUACUCCCAACACGGCGAUUACGUCUUUGGCUGGAAGGGAGACUCUCUGCAGCGCGCGCUCGAUGCCCGUUGUUCCAAUGCGGUUUGCAAGGAGCUCAAGACCCAAUCGUCUGAGGAGGCGAUGAGGUGCACUCAGCCACAGAAUAUUCCAGAGAAUGUUGAUGGAUGGCUGCAAAAGAUUCCUGGCGAUGUCAUGUAGAUUGUGAUCGGACAUGUACCUAACGAAGCGGGAAGACCGAGGUGUGGGGGA